ACUCCUCCCAGAGAGAUGGGCUUAGGUCCCGCCCCCUACACAAAAAUAACGAAUGGGGGCGUUUCUUGUGGGCGUGGUUUAGUCUCAGUUCGACCCAGUUUGAAAGUGAACCAACCGCUCCAGUCGCAGCUUCAGCCCCAAACAACAACAACCCGAACCGAGACCCAGAAAGCCCAGAGAUCCGGUCCUAGUCCCCUUGUUCCGGGCCUCCUACCGUGGUACAGAAAGAGGCUCUCUUUCCAGGCCGCCAUCAUGAUGCGUAAAGAUGUCAACAAGCCGAAGGGGAAGACGUCGGCCUACGCCUUCUUCGUCCAGACGUGUCGAGAGGAACACCGCAAGAAAAACCCGGAGCAGUCGGUCAACUUCGCCGAGUUCUCCAAGAAAUGCUCCGAGAGGUGGAAGGCGCUGUCCCCUGGAGAGAAGAAGCGUUUUGAGGACAUGGCGAAGGCCGACAAGGUUCGCUACAACCGGGAGAUGAGGGACUACGUCCCGCCCAAAGGCUUCGGCAAGAGAGGCCGCAAGAGGAAAGACCCCAACGCCCCCAAGAGGCCGCCGUCGGCGUUCUUCGUGUUCUGCAGCGAGUACCGGCCCAGCGUGAAGCAGCAGUACCCGGGUCUGUCCAUUGGCGACUGCGCCAAGAAGCUGGGCGAGAUGUGGAGCAAACUGAGCCAGUCUGAGAAGCAGCCGUACGAGGAGAAGGCCCAGAAGCUGAGGGAGAAGUACGACCGGGACAUGGUGGCGUACCGCGGCGGGGGAACCUUCGCCAGGAACCCGGACUCUUCAGCUCAGGGCGGCGAGGAAGAGGAGGAUGAGGAGGGGGAGGAAGAUGAUGAAGACGAUGAAGACGACGAGUAGAGAGACUGAGGAGAACGGGGUGUGUUUCAGAGACCGGACCGGUACCGUACGGGUCAGAGACCAGACCGGUUCUGAUGGAGGGCAGCCUGGAACGGAUCGGGUCCAGAACCUCUGUUCUGUUCCUGACCCGAUGGUGUUUUGGUUCUGAGCCAGCUGGGUUUAUCCCUCAGAUGUUGAUGAUCCAGAAUCAGAACUGUUCUGGUUCUGGUUCUCUGACCCGUCUCAGAGCCGGUUCUGAUCCAGAUGUCCAGCAGUUCCAUUGCUUGUCCAGCAGGCAGCACCUUUCAUCCUCAGAACCAGGUCAGAUCCGGUCCAGAAAGCAUCACCUCUGGAUACCACCAGAACCACUGGUACCUGGAGGUCCAGUCCGAAUGACUCCUGUGGGUCCAGUGUGGGUGUUACCAUGGUAACUGACAGUCCCAGUUCGACCAAUCAGUGGCCUCAGAAAGCCCAGCAUGUUUCUCUUUCACCAGAACCGGGCCGCUGUCAACUAGGAACCGGAACCAAACAGUUGAUCAACAGGGUUUCGUACCGACUUAAAACGGUUAGAACCUCUGGUUCCGACCCUGUUCCAUGAAAGACAUCUGGGUCGGGUCAGAACCGGGUCAGAAUGAUCCAGAAUCUUUUAAGUGCUGCUGCAGCAAUCAGAACCAGUACCGGGUCAGGA